GUUCCUACGACAGAUUAUUACUAACAUAUACAUUUUCACUUUUGUUUUCCUUCCAGUGUGUGACAUCCGCAUAUUGUCUAGAGUGCCAUAUAUAUACCAAUGUGUUUACUAAUUUUCGAGACAUUACGAUUUUCGACAGACUCGCCGAAUAAUUUAUCAUUCACUGCUCUGCAAUGGUUUUCAAAUCAAUCGUCUACGUUUUGGUGUCUAUUCAGCUGGUCGUUUGUGCGCUGCCCAACUCGUUUGAAGUGCCGUCCAAUGGGGUGCUACCGAGUCCGGUAACGUACUUCGAAGGAGUACAAAACCAAAACAAAACAAAUUCUGGACGCUCCCCCGAGGCUAGAUUUGGAUACAUACCGUCAUCUUUUGGCGGAGCAUCGACUGGAAUGGGCGGAUAUCAAGGUAAUUCGGUCAGUGGCUAUGGAUCCAAUAAAAUUGAUAUAGGAGGUCUGGUUGUCGGCGCUGUGGUCGGGCUUGGUAUUCUAAUUUUCAUCCCAAAAAUUCUUUACUUAUUAUUUUCGACAACCAAUCUUUUUGGUGCACAUCCAGUAGGCAACGGUUACUCAGGAUAUGGAAGGAGUGAGGAUUUAAUGUCCGGUUUGAAUGGUAUAGUCACAAAGUUUGAGGAGUCCAUGUCCAAGUAUAAUAUAAAUACAACAGAAUGUAUGCAAAAAGCACUAUGCACUUAUAUACAGUCUACGGAACAAGUUAAAGAAAAAUCAGGAGUCAAUAAUUUUGUUGACAGUUCAAUAAAUACUUUAACACAGAACUCUGUAAUGAAUUUUAUGAUUGAUGGUUCGAGAUUCAAAGCAGCUCUUGAAGCCGGGAAGAAUGGAGAGUGUACGACGGCCUACAGACAAUGCCCAUUUGACCAAAACAGCAUUUAUAUGUUUUUAAGGCAAAUUUCAACUAAAAAGUAAAUCAUAAUUCCAUUUUUGUAUGCAUAUAGUUGCAUAUAAUAAUCGUAUCCAUAUAAUUUA